CUCUCAGCCUAUCACGCCUUUCUUAUCUCGGAGAUCAUGGCGUUAAGUUCCAAACCACGUGACGGACUACUUCACGAAGACAGAGAGCCUCAGCUUGGGAUACCGUUGAGUUGUUAUUCUUUAAAAAAACCCGACAAGAACGAAUUUUAGAAAAGAAGCAAAACAAUUAGGAAAUACACAGACAUUAUGUCUAAAUCUAUGCACUAUUAAGGUUCCUGUUAACACCCACCGAAUUUUGGACACACUCAAUUGACAGUGGAAUGCUCUUCAUGAGAAACAGACCAGCAGUGUGGCGUGUUUAUUUUCACUGUGAGUCGUGAAUAAUCACUCAGACGGUCAGGAAAACGCAUCAAUGUGCCCCUUUGCUGAACUGUGAGGAUUUAUAGAAAUAUUGGAUCAACUGGGAACUGCCUUCGUGAAUGAGUUCAAGUAUGAACGUCAGAAUGUCGGUCUUUAACAGAGAAUUGAAGAAGUCCAGCUCCCUGUAUAUCCUCGUUGUCAGUUGUAUCUGUGUUCUGCUCAUGGUUAUUCCUUAUGACACGAACGUACAGAAUGUCGUGACAAGAGCUGAAAUCGAAGACACCAAUAAUGUUUGCCCACCUUGUGAGCAGAUUGUUCCAGCCGUUCCGUCUCUGAAACCUCCGGGUCGACGGAGGGAGCUCAUGGGUGACGACGAAGACUCGCAGUCACCCAAACGCCAGCUGAUGUUGCUGACAAUGGGCCGCAGUGGCUCCACCUACACAUCCGCCAUCAUCAGCAAUAACCCCAAAGUCUUCUACGUGGCAGAGCCCUUACAUCGACUUCCCGAUGGUAUCAAGAUCUAUGGAAAGACCGCUGUUGAGUACUUCUGUCUAAGAAAUCGGACCGCCUCGAGCUACAAACACGUCAAAUGUGUUCUGAGCGCGUGGAACACAUGCCUGGCCAGUGAAAUGACCUUCAUUAAAACCAUCCGGCUCAGAGUACAAUACGCCGAAUGGUAUCUGGAAGAAUUUCCAAAUCUCAAGCUCCUUUUCCUAGUCAGAGACCCGCGGGCUGUCCUCUACUCCCAGUCCAAGGCUUUCGGCAACUUCAAUAUCGACAACGGGACAGCUCAGAUCGCGGAGAGUCAUUGCAACAAACUGAGGAGGGACAUUGCGGCCUUCAAGCUACUCAGUGACAAGUACCCGGGUCGGAUGAAGGCGUUCAGGUACGAAGACGGCGCCUUGAAUCCAAUGGAUUACGCAGAGAGUCUGUUCAAUUUCACUCAACUGGAGUUCAACGAAAUGUCCAAAACAUUCGUGCAGAAAAUUACUUCUGGUUACGCCAACAACGAAAAAUCCAAUGCACCAUUUGGUUUUAUGAAAAAAGACUCCACGGCUACCAUGAACAAAUGGAGACACUCAGCGUUGAUGACCACGGUCACGGCUAUUGAUCGGAAGUGUGCAGAUGUCUAUGCGGAGCUGGGUUACAAGACGAUUCAUUCCGAGUCAGAACUACGCUCCAGCAGUUCUCUCACAACCGUUCUAAAAUCUGGAGGAAUUUUCACAGACUUAUAGGAUAAUGAUGCCUCGUGACUAAGAACGCAGUUCACACAUACAAACACAAACACAAACGCACACACACACACACACACACACACACACACACACACACACACACACACACAUACACACGCAUACACACACACGCACACACACACACACAAAUACUCACAAACGAAUACAUAAACACACAGACAGACAAACAAACAGACAUACUUUUAAAAUGUUAUGAACGAGGCUAUCCAAUGAACAGAAUUUGCAAGAAAACCCUGUACAACGCUAUUAAGCAAUAAGAAAUUCUUCCAAAACAGAUCGAAAAAAAAA